CCUCAGAUCGCAAGUAUUCAGUUACUCUCGGUCACUCUGUUCUCUGGAAUCAAAAGGCUAAAUCCAAACAUUACAGAUUUGGCAAUGGAGAAGAUGGAGGUUGUGGAGCAGGAAGAUCGGAAGCUGAAGCACCUAGGGUUCAUGAGGAUGGCUGCGAUUCAAGCGUUGGUGUGCGUGUCGAAUCUGUACGAGUACGCGAAGCAGAACUCGGGGCCUUUGAGAUCGACUGUGGGUACUGUUGAGGGUGCUGUCACCACCGUCGUCAGUCCAGUUUACGAGAAACUCAAAGGAGUUCCGGAUCAUCUCCUUGUUUUCCUUGAUGGGAAGGUAGACGAGGUAUCACACAAAUUUGAUGAGCGUGCCCCACCUGUUGCAAAACAGGUCGUCAGCCAAGCACAGUUUUUGAUUCAGCAGGCAUUAGAAAAGGUUCAAAAGUUUGUUAGUGAAGCAAGAGAUAACGGGGCACGUGGAGCUUUGCAUUAUGCUGCAGCAGAAUCUAAGCAGUUAGUUCUUACAAAUUCGGUGAAGGUAUGGGUUAAACUCAACUAUUAUCCUUCCUUCCACUCAGUUGCAAAUAUGGCUGUUCCCACAGCUGCUUGCUGGUCAGACAAGUACAAUCACGUAGUUAACGACAUGACCCACAAGGGUUAUCCUGUGUUUGGUUAUCUUCCUCUGAUCCCUGUGGAUGAGAUCAAGCAGGCAGUUAAGCAAGCUCAAGCACGCGAGAGUGCAGAUGGAAGUGUAGUUGCACAUAAAUCAGAUUCAGAUUCUGACUGAAGGAUUGCUUCUGGUUGUCUGCAUUGUGGAGGUCUUAAUGAAGUUUGUGGGUAGUGGUGCUUGUGUAUAUUUUUCAAUCUUUUGUUUAAUUCUGUCGUUGUGAAACCAAUGCUGAAUCAGUGAAUCUGCAUUAGUACUCUUAAAUGGUUCUAAUGUUGUAGCAUUUGCAUUGACUGGUUCACCUGUAAAGACUUUGUCUUUCGGUGGGUGGAGGAAUUGAUUGGGGGUCAACUGGUGUGCUUCUUCUCAAAUUUGGGGAUGCGUGCUUAACCUACUUGGAAUGCGGACACGGAUACCUCUGAUAGAUGAUCAUAAGAAUAGGGGCAUGGGUAGUGCCACUAACAAUAAUGUUAUAUCAUUAAAAUUGUAAAAUAUUG